UUUGAUAAAAACGAAUAAUCGCAACUGUAUACAGUAUCGAUCUGACAGGCGUACGGUAAUAUCAUAUUAUAUUUUAUGACACGAGCGCGAGUCGCCGGUUCGAUCCAGUGCACAAUAUAUACGCAGACGGCCGAUGGGACACGGUGUAGAGAAACAUCUUAAAAACCAACGACAUCGACAACAACAAAAACAACAAAAACUAUAACAACGACAACGACAACUACAAAAACAACAACAACAACAACAAUAAUAAUAAUAUCGCACGGAUCGUGGCCGGGCGUUGGAUCGUCGGCCGCAGCAACGGCGCGGAAAUGUUUCGCCGGACGUGCGACCGAUCGGCAGCGGCCGUCCUCGUGGCCGCGGCGGCUCGACGGGCGCUGUCCACUACGACGGGCCACGGCCCCAGACCGUUGGACGGAGUUCGGGUGGUGGACAUGAGCAGGGUGGCCGCGGGCCCCUACUGCGCGAUGGUGUUGGCCGACAUGGGCGCGGACGUGAUCAAAAUCGAGAGACCGGUGGCCGGCGACGACAGCCGCGGUUACGGGCCUCCGUACGUGGACGUGUGCGGCGACGGCGGUAGAGGCGAGAGCCGCAUGAGCCUGUACUUCGUCUCGCUGAACCGGAACAAGCGGAGCGUGUGCGUGGACUUCCGGCAUCCGGACGGCAAGGCGAUCGUCCGGAAGUUGGUCGAAAGGUCGCACGUGCUCAUCGAAAACUACAUACCGGGCACGUUGGACAGACAUGGCAUUGGGUACGAAGAUUUACGCAAGAUAAACCAGAAAUUGGUAUUUUGUUCGAUAACUGGUUAUGGAUCCAAGGGACCAUGGAGCCAAAAACCCGGUUAUGAUGUUAUAGCUGCCUCAAUCGGUGGUCUAAUAAACGCCACUGGCGAUGCCGUUCCAGCAAAAUGUGCUAUACCCAUUACUGACUUAAUGACUGGCAUGUACGCUCAUGGCGCUAUUUUAGCGGCUUUGUAUCGCGGAGUCGGUGACAAAAUUGACUGUGAUCUAUUAUCGACGCAGCUUUCGAUGAUGUUCAAUUUGGGAUCAAAUUAUUUAAACGCGGGUAUGCUAACGAAAAGAUGGGGUACCGAACAUGAAAGUGUAGUCCCUUAUAAAGCAUUUAAAACAUCGAAUGGCUUCCUCACUUUUGGUACGGGAAACGAAGCACAAUAUAAAUCGUUUUGCGAUCGCAUAUCAAUGCCAGAAUUAACUACUGAUGAACGAUUUGUGAACAACGAAUGUCGUGUUAAGAACAGAGAAGAGUUGUAUAAAAUCAUCGAACCGCUUUUAGAGUCUAAAACAAACGAAGAGUGGAUGAAAAUUUUUGAAGGAGUACCUUUUCCUGUUGGUCCCGUAAACGACAUGAAACAAGCAUUUAACAAUGAACAUGUAAAGGACAUAAAUAUUGUCCAAGAAAUUGACUGCUCGUAUAACGCCAAACUGAAAAUAGUCGGUCCUGCAGUUACAUUUAAGAACAGUAGUAAUUUAAUCCGAAGAGAGCCUCCGUUGUUGGGUCAACAUACAAAUGAAGUACUUACUUCUUUAGGAUACAGCACCAAAGAAAUCGAAUUAUUACGCUCGAAAACCGUAAUAUGAUUAUCAUUGUUUUUGUUAUUUAUUAUUUAUUUUAUUUUUACGAAAAUUCUUGUUUUUAUCGUGAUGUCAUAAAUAUAUUUUGCAUUAAAUUUUUGAGAAA